GUGAAGAAGCAGAGUGACAUACAACACAAGAAGAACAAACCCACAGACUGAGAGAAACUAUACGCAGAGCUUUUUCAAUCCGAACAGUACAAAAUGUUUCUCACAAGGACUGAGUACGACAGAGGUGUGAACACCUUCUCCCCAGAAGGCCGAUUGUUUCAGGUUGAAUAUGCUAUCGAGGCCAUCAAGCUGGGUUCAACUGCAAUUGGGUUGAAGACGAAGGAAGGUGUUGUGCUUGCUGUCGAGAAACGCAUUACUUCCCCAUUGCUGGAGCCCAGCAGUGUAGAGAAAAUUAUGGAAAUUGAUGAGCAUAUAGGUUGUGCUAUGAGUGGAUUGAUUGCUGAUGCUCGUACACUUGUUGAACAUGCACGAGUUGAAACUCAGAAUCAUAGGUUUUCAUAUGGGGAGCCAAUGACUGUUGAGUCCACUACACAAGCUCUUUGUGACCUUGCCCUGCGAUUUGGUGAAGGGGAUGAAGAAUCCAUGUCUCGACCAUUUGGAGUAUCUCUUCUCAUUGCUGGUCAUGAUGAGAAUGGGCCCAGUUUAUACUAUACGGACCCAUCUGGAACAUUUUGGCAGUGUAAUGCAAAAGCUAUUGGAUCAGGUUCUGAAGGUGCAGACAGUUCUCUGCAGGAGCAAUUUAAUCAGGACCUAACGCUUCAAGAGGCUGAAACAAUAGCUCUUUCCAUUCUGAAGCAAGUUAUGGAAGAAAAGGUGACCCCUAACAACGUGGACAUUGCGAAGGUGGCUCCAACCUACCAUUUAUACACCCCUGCAGAGGUGGAGGCUGUCAUCAGUCGCCUAUGAAAGAACUCCCUACAAAAGAUGUCCUCAGACCUCAAAUCCGUUCCCCAUGAUAUCCAUACACCAAUGCUAUUUUAUUAGUUUAUGGGGAGGAUCUUUAUUUGUUUCUGAUUUGGGAUUUUGUCAGGGAAACGCAGGAAACUUUUUUUGGGUGUGUACUCAAACCAUGCUGCUUCAGUUGUUGGCGUGAUCAAUUCUCUUGCACUUUACGAUUAGACUACCUUCGAUGAACUUAACAAAACUUCGAGCUGCCGUUUAGCUAAUUGAUGGCAUAUGUUUGCAUUUAA